AUGCAACGUCAUGGCUGCCCAUACUACAUCCUAGGUAUUGCAGAGGAUGCUAAUUUGAAGGCAAUAAAGUGGGCCUAUAGGAAGCGGGCACUGAAGUUCAACCCUGAUAACUGCCAAGGAUCUGAAGAAGAGCGACAUCGCAGAAUGGAUAUCAUGCAGAAGGUCAACUAUGCUAAUGAUCUCCUAUACAAUACUGAUGAAAGAGGAGAAUACAACGCAGUCAGGGAGUUCAUCAAGGACCUGGCAGCUGAAGUGUUUCAAGAUCCUCAGAAGGCAAUGAAAGUAAAGAAGAAACCUGGAAGGGCAACGAAGAGGCCGAAAACUAAAGGAAACUAG